UAAAGGUCUUUGCACAUACAGUCUGAAAUUUUCGUAUGCGUUUUUCGUAUUUGGCUCUUGUUUGUACGGUGUCUCUGAAUUGUUAAAAAAGGCCACUCAAAAUGCUUGACGGAUGCGAAAAACGCAUAAAUUCGAACCCGGUCCGAAUUUUUUUAUGACGGACGAAAAUAUCGGAGGCAGUGUGUAAAUGUGAUUGACAUAACGUGAGGUCGUAUUUAUUUUUUAACGUGCGUAAAUUUCGGACGCAAAUUUCGGACUCAAUGUGCAAUGGGCUUAACAUCAAAACUACGCUCAAAUUCACAGAUCUGUAGAGCAUAUGGAGAUCCGGUGUUCUGACGAAAGUCACAUCCUAUUUUAUGGGUUACUGUUUUUCCCAGAUAGAUGGCUUUGUCCUUAGAUGCCGCAUUGGCUGCUUAAACGCAUGUCUACAACUCCACCAUAUUAUGGCGGGUAAGACUGUUCUAUUAACGCAUAUAACUGAAUGGGAUGUUUUUCUUGAUGAAAACAAAUAUGUUUGCAUAUCCUCAACGUCAACAACUCAAAAACUCCAAAAACGUUCUUACGUAUUUAUUUGGAUUUUUCUGUCAUAAUGAAUCGUGAAAACUCACGCAUGUAACGCAGUGAAAUCGGUUGAGAAAUGCUAACGUUAUUGUGCUUUUUAGUAAAAAAAAAAACCCGCAGAUCCCAGUUCACUUGUACUUGUUAAUAAGGCUCUCCUGCCCUUCCCAACAUGACUGCGCCGUUGACACACUGCAGGAACGAGCCAGCGCGAUGAAUGCGGCGUGUAUUUCCCCGCCCACUGACAUGAGUCAUUGCCCCUCUCCGUUAUUUACCUUCUCAAUCUCCAGCAGAAGAAGUGAAUGUUGGGCGAACGCUUCAUAAUGGCCCAGCGGUUGUUAUUGAUUUAUAUAGGGGCAUUGGAUAGUUAAUACCCUUUAAAUAAAAAAAAGUGGGACGGCAUUCAUAAAUAUCGUAGUAUAUUUUACUGCGUACUUUGCGCGCUCGGUGUCCGUGUUGUGCGUAAACAAACAUGACUGCUCCCAUCUCCAGGCAGAGACGUGCUGCAGUAGCCGCAGACACAACAAGCUCGUCUUUCUCCAUAACAUCAAGCCUCCUGCGACUCUUUAAACAUAUCAAAUAUGAAAAUCUCGCUGCUGGAUUGAGUGGGGGAGUUAUUUCCACUUUGGUGCUGCACCCUCUGGAUCUGGUCAAAAUAAGAUUUGCGGUAAGUGAUGGUCUAAAAAUGCGGCCCCAGUACGAUGGCAUGAUGCACUGCAUGAAAACCAUCUGGAAGCUGGAAGGGAUAAGAGGUCUCUAUCAGGGCGUCACUCCCAACAUCUGGGGGGCUGGGGCAUCAUGGGGCUUGUACUUCCUUUUUUAUAAUGCUAUUAAAGCAUACAAGCAGGAGGGACGGCAAACAGAGCUGAGUGCUGCCGAACACCUGGUGUCUGCGGCGGAAGCAGGCAUUCUGGCGCUUUGCCUUACCAACCCGGUCUGGGUGACAAAGACCCGGCUGGUGCUGCAGUACAAUGCAGACCCUUCCCGGAAGCACUACAAGGGAAUGAUGGACGCCCUCGUGAAAAUAUACCGUCACGAGGGUAUCCCGGGACUAUACAGGGGUUUUCUGCCUGGUCUGGUGGGGACUUCCCAUGCUGCAUUGCAGUUCAUGACCUAUGAGGGCCUGAAGAGGGAGCAGAACAAAUAUAAAAAGAUGCCAUCUGAUUCGCUGCUGUCUCCAUUAGAGUACAUCACCAUAGCAGCCAUCUCCAAAAUAUUUGCAGUGGCAGUGACGUACCCGUACCAGGUCGUGCGCGCUCGCCUGCAGGACCAGCACAACAACUACAGUGGAAUUGUGGAUGUGAUCAGGAGAACGUGGAUCAACGAAGGAGUUGAGGGAUUUUACAAAGGGAUGGUUCCCAACUUGGUGCGAGUCAUUCCCGCGUGCUGCAUCACCUUCCUGGUUUUUGAAAAUGUGUCGCGUUUGCUUUUGGGCGAGUACCACUAAACCUUCAGGACACCACACACACACCGGUAUAAAGAUGGACCAACACAAAUGAAAUCUGAUAUUUAGUUUGUGCACUGAUAGAAAAUAAGAAGAUGAAGUGCAAAUGACAUUGAGGCUAAAGAUUUAUUGUCUUGUUGAUUUGUUGAGUAUAUUGAAAGAUAUUAAAGUGUAUUCAUAGAGUAAUAUGACAGAUCCACGAAGUGCCCAUAUUAACCCUCAGAUUUAUGAAUAAGAGUACAGUGAUUUGUAGAAAACACCAUGAUUUUAAGAUGCCAGGCACAUGAGAGGGGAAUGGAUUUUGGACAAGCUGGAUUGAAGCCAUCCUUCGACAGUGAUAACCAAACAACUUAAUGUUCGUCUUUUUUUACGAUAUUUUCACAACUACUGCUUUAUUUGAGGACCUGAGCUGUGCGAGGGAAUGAACCCAUUUAUCUUCAGCACAUUUUCACCGGACGACACUCACUGGGCAUGCUCAGGAAAUGAUGUAACGUCAGAGGAUAAUAGCACACAGGCCUGAGAGAAACCGAUACUUUACUGGAGGGCACGAGCAAGUUUUAACCAGAUGUUCAUGGAUCAGAAUGAGAGGAACAUUUGAACUGGAGUAAAUGAAGAACGGCAAGGCCAUUAGAAAUGUGUGUAAGAAGUGCUAUUGUCAACAACACGCACAGGGGAUCUCAAAUAUGUAUAAGGCAUUUUUACACAUCUAAUAAAAGAAUUUAUGUCA